AUGGAUGACCGCAGAUCGCCCCUAAUUUUGCGAGGCCAGAUCAGAUCAGAUCAGAAGGGCACUCUUUGUUGCCGCGAGAUCUCUCCCGGCGGCAAAGUUCUCACGCCCCCCUUCUGGAUCCUGAUCCUGAUCCUGAUCCUGCCUUUGCAAGUUUGUGAAUUGUCAAGACACAAAAUCCAGUGGUUUGGCCCUGUCAAACAAGCAACUGGUGGUUUCCUGCGGCCAGCUUCAAAACAUACGAUCUUUUGGUUUGAUUUCUUCACUUGGCUUUUGGCUCUUACUCUCGUGUUUGCGGUUCCCUCCCCACUGGCUGGUUAUUGUGCUCCACCUGUGACAUUCUGUGGAGUGACGGAUGAGACAUGCUCCAUGGAUCGCAUCUCAGCCGAGCUUCAUCUAGCAGUCAUCACGCACACACACGCCCACUUAGUUCCUGGGCUAAUACGAUCGGUGGCAUCUGGUGCUUUCCAUCGCUACGGUGUCCUGGAAUCGUCCGAGCCGACAAACUAG